AUUCACUAACCUCUAAUCAACAUCUUCUUUAAAUAAAUAUAUAUAUGUACUUGGUACUAAGCAAAUUAAUCUAAUAAGCUCAUCAUCAUCAUCAUGAAGAUCAAAUACCUUGUUUGGCUCUUCUUCAUGAUUCUUUGCAUGGCUGCUUCUUCAUGCAAAUCUGAUAAUCAGCAGGACAAACAACUCAAGUAUGAGAAUGGGGUACUGAGUCCAGACAGAGAGAACCGUGAAAUUGAACAUGGGAAAAAAUUAGGGUUAGAAGAAAGUGAAGAUGGUCAUAAAUUGAGUUCUAUUAGAAAAGCAAAGGCAGUGUAUGGUGGAGCUAAUGACCUUACAAAGAAACCAAAGAACAGCCAAAGUGCACCAAAAUCAUUGCUGUUGAGCUUUAAACAACUCAUAGUUGGAUUCAUUGUCUGUACUAUUGUGUUCUUUCCAUUUUGAGACUUUUGGGAUUUACUAGAGCUGUGAAAUCUUAAUUUCAUGAUGAAAGUUUUUCUUCCCAUGUUCUAAGCUUAUUAAUUGCUUAGUUUUCAUGCAAAACCAUGCAUGUUCCUAUAUAUGUAUAAUUAAAUAUGUAUACUAUUUAUAUCUCCUUGUAAGUAA